UAAAAAAAAAAGGAGGCUUAAAAUUUUGUGUUCGGAGUAUAAAUCUCAUUGAUCCUAAAAGAAAAUCUUGGAUGGCAGCGCUAAUCUUCCCGUCUCUAUGCCUAAGGGUAAAGGCACCCACCGAUAGUACGUUUUUAACAGUUAAAUCUAAUCCAAGAAGGCGGAGUGGUUUUUCUCAGGUUCUUAAGCAACUGAAUUGUUGACAAGAUAUUUAUAAAUGCUCUGUGGUCACAUCUUCCCUACACAUAUGACAAAUCCGUGAAGGUGCGAGACCAGUCCUGUAUAAAGAAAGAAUGUUAUAAAUGUCGUUGUUUGGCCUCCAUCAACGGCACGUACCCAUUAUACAGAGGAUAGGCAAAUGAUCGGGCGGUAUGAAAAAAUGUAAUUACAAUAUAUACAGGAACGGAAAAACAAAAUUAACCAUUGAAUAAUAAUGCAGGUUGAGCAGCAAGACGAAAAGAAUUUACAUGAAAAAAUUUCGCUCAGUUCAUCCUUCUAAGAAUAUGCAGUAGACAAGAGUAGUUAAACGGAAGAAAAGUCUCGUUAAAGAAAAAAGAAAUCAGGACAUAAAGAAUCCGAAAAAAAAAGGUAAUGGUGACAAGAUAGAAAAAAAAAAGAUUAUAUUAAGAAAUUGAAGAUAGCAUCGCGAUCAGCGGGGUGCCGAAGAAAGUGGAACGAGUUUGACCCUUUACUGCGUCCCGCAAUGGCGCGUACGGUGGAGCGGAGCGCCCGGCUCCCGCAUGGCGCGUCCCAGAGCCCGAAGUUGACGAGGAAGACGGGCCAGCGUGGGCCGGCCUCGCCGGAGCGCUCAGGCCCUGGGAGAGCGGGCCACCGCGGCCGCCGCCGGCCGCCAUGCCGUACACCAACGAGCAGCUCAUCCUCUUCUACUACCCCAACACCAUCGGCUCCCGAAAGAUGUUACUGGUCCUGUACACAAGGGGAAUCAGCUUCAUGCCUCGAAUCAUGGAUGUUCAGCACGGAGAGCAGAUGGAGCCCUGGUUUCUCGAUAUGAGCCCCUUGGGAGAGUUGCCCGUGCUCAAGCAUGGUGACAGCGUCUUCACGGACGUUGACCAGAUGAUGCUCUAUAUUGACCAGAUAUUCCCGUCCACAGAUCCUGUAGGAAAAUUGUUCCCCGACAAAGGGACCGACCUCGGCAAUUUGGUGGAAAGCCUAGUCAAGGAACUCGGAAAAAUCAACAUCCCGUUGAUCGUGUACGGCACCCUGUUUCACCCAGAAAUGGCCGUCUCCUCCAGCAUGACAGACGACGAGCAGAAGAAGAAGGCCGCGUUGGUUAAGCAGGGCAAGGCACAGAUCAUCGAGCUGAUGGAGCGCAACCCGGACUACGUGAGCUCGUACGUGGAAAAGCAGCGCGCGUACGAAGCCUUCCUGGGCCUCGCUCAGUCAGAAAGCGCCGUCAACAAGGAGCUUGAGGAGGUCGAGAAGGUCAUGGACAGCAUGGAGGACUUGAUCAACUCCAGGAAGAUCUCCGGCAGCACCACGCCCGAUGCAACACAGACCUGGCUGUUUUCUAUCUAUGUGUCAGCAGCCGAUGUUCACCUCAUGGCACUGCUGCACGCCGUCUACAAGGCAGGCCUGUGGGAUCGUUACUUUGAGAAGACACAGAAGAAGCAUAAAAACCUGAUGAGAUACUUCAAGAGGAUGAAGCAUGACCCUCUCAUUAGCAAGGCACUCCCAGGGCUCAUUAAGUAGAAUAGUUCCUCGAACGCACUGCAGCAAAAAUGGAAACGCACAGCUAAAUUUGACCAAGUGUUUUAUGAGACAAAUACAUUAAGUUCAGAUAGAGA